GCGGCCAUGCCGGGCGGAGCCGAGGCUGGGGAGGCCGAGGAGGAGGCUGGGGCCGGGUCCGGGUCCGAGGCGGAGGAGGACGCGCUGUGGGAGCGGAUCGAGGGCGUCCGGCACCGGCUGACGCGCACCCUCAACCCAGCCAAGCUCACGCCGUAUCUGCGCCAAUGCCGGGUCAUCGACGAGCAGGACGAGGAGGAGGUGCUGAGCACCUACCGCUUCCCGUGCCGUGUCAACCGCACCGGGCGCCUAAUGGACAUCUUGCGCUGCCGGGGGAAGAGGGGCUAUGAGGCCUUCCUGGAAGCCCUGGAGUUCUACUACCCCGAGCACUUCACACUGCUCACUGGCCGAGAGCCUGCCCAGCGCUGCUCCAUGAUCCUCGAUGAGGAAGGGCCUGAGGGCCUGACCCAGUUCCUGAUGACAGAGGUGCGGCGGCUGCGGGAGGCUCGAAAGAGCCAGCUGCAGCGGGAGCAGCAGCUGCAGGCCCGGGGCCGGGUGCUGGAGGAGGAGCGAGCAGGGCUGGAGCAGCGGCUUCGGGAGCAACAGCAGGCUCAGGAGCGCUGCCAGCGGCUGCGGGAGGACUGGGAGGCCGGGAGCCUGGAGCUUCUGCGGCUUAAGGAUGAGAACUACAUGAUCGCUAUGCGCCUGGCACAGCUCAGCGAGGAGAAGAACUCAGCCGUGCUGCGCAGCAGGGACUUGCAGCUGGCGGUGGAUCAGCUCAAGCUCAAGGUGAGCCGGCUGGAGGAAGAGUGCACGCAGCUGCGAAGGGCCAGGGGGCCACUCCCUGGGGCUGAGGAGAAAGAGAAAGAGCCUGACAGUGCGGACCUGGUUUUGGAGCUCCGUGCUGAGAACCAGCGGCUGGUGGCCUCGCUGCAGGAGCUGCAGGAAGGCCUGCAGCAGGAGGCAAACCGUGCAGGGGCCCCAGGCUCCGAGCGCAUCCUCCUAGACAUCCUGGAGCAUGACUGGCGUGAGGCGCAGGACAGCCGGCAGGAGCUGUGCCAGAAGCUGCAUGCUGUGCAGGGGGAGCUGCAAUGGGCCGAGGAGCUGCGGGACAAGUAUCUGCAGGAGAUGGAGGACCUGCGGCUGAAGCACCGUACGCUGCAGAAGGACUGUGACCUGUACAAGCACCGCAUGGCCACCGUCCUGGCCCAGCUGGAGGAGAUCGAGAAGGAGCGGGACCAGGCCAUCCAGAGCCGAGACCGUAUUCAGCUGCAGUACUCGCAGAGCCUCAUUGAGAAGGACCAGUACCGGAAGCAGGUCCGAGGCCUGGAGGUGGAGCGGGAUGAGCUGCUGACGGCGCUCACCAGCCUAGAGGGCGCCAAGGCCCUGCUGGAGGUGCAGCUACAGCGGGUCCAGGGGGGGCCCCAUCUCAAGGCCUGCGCCUCUUCCCAUUCCCUGUGCUCCAACCUCAGCAGCACCUGGAGCCUCAGCGAGUUCCCAUCCCCGCUGGGAGGCCCAGAAGCAGCGGGGGAGGCGGCUGUCGUGGGAGGGCCCGAGCCCCACACCUCGGAGGAGGCCAUGGACAACGAGAAGGAGAUCAAUCGCCUCUCCAUCCUGCCCUUUCCACCCAGUGCUGGCUCCAUCCUCCGCCGGCAGCGAGAGGAAGACCCUGCGCCCCCUAAGAGGUCCUUCAGCAGCAUGUCAGACAUCACAGGGAGUGUGACGCUCAAGCCCUGGUCCCCGGGCCUCUCCUCGUCCUCGUCCUCCGACAGCGUGUGGCCUUUGGGAAAGCCGGACAGCCUUCUGGCCAGAGGCUGUGGCCUGGAUCUCUUCAACAGGUCUCUGGCUAUCCGAGUGUCUGGCUGGAGUCCCCCGGGGGGACCUGAGCCCCAGGACAAGGGCCCAGAUAGCCUGUCAUUCCUCGGGGACAGCUGGUCUGGGGCUGUUGUGCGGAGGGUGCUCUCUGGGCCAGGGUCGGCCAGGGUAGAACCAAGAGAGCCAAGGGCAGAGGCUGCUGGUUUGGAGGGGGCAGGGCUGGAAGGCGAGGCCCAGCAGACAACCUUGCCCCGGAAACAGACGUCCACGCUCCCACUGAUGGACUUCAAGGCCUGCCAGUCCUUCCACGAGGCCCUGGAUGCCUGGGUGAAGGAGCCAGGAGCUGAGCCCUUCUACAUUCGAGCCAACCUCACCCUGCCUGAGCGGGCUGACCCCCACGCCCUGUGUGUGAGAGCUCAGGAGAUACUGCGCCUGGUGGACCCAGCAUAUAAGCGACGGCAGGAGUGGUUCUGCGCGCGGGUUGACCCCCUCACCCUGCGAGACCUGGACCGGGGCACCGUGCCCAACUAUCAGAGAGCCCAGCAGCUCCUGGAAGUUCAGGAGAAGUGCCUGCCAUCUAGCCGACACCGGGGCCCCCGCAGUAAUCUAAAGAAGCGCGCCCUGGACCAACUGCGACUGGUGAAGCCCAAGCAUGUGGGGAGUCCUCCUGGGGACUCCCCAGAGCAGCUGCUGCUGGAGCCCUGCUCAGAGCCAGAGCAGAGCCUCAAACCCUACAGCCUGGUGCGGCCCCUGCUGGUGUCUGCCCUGCGGCCCGUGGUGCUUUUGCCUGAGUGCCUGGCGCCCCGGCUCAUCCGCAACCUCCUAGACCUGCCCAGUUCCCGUCUGGACUUCCAAGUGUGCCCAGCGGAAAGCCUCUCUGGAGAGGAACAGUGCACACUGUCAGCACCUGGAGCCCCCAAGGCCCGGCCUGCUGCCCCUGGUCUGGGCAGCAGGAUCCGUGCCAUCCAGGAGUCUGUCGGGAAGAAGCACUGCCUGUUGGAGCUGGGUGCUCGGGGCGUGCGGGAUCUGGUCCAGAACGAGAUCUACCCCAUCGUCAUCCACGUGGAGGUGACCGAGAAGAAUGUCCGGGAAGUCAGGGGUCUGCUGGGCCGGCCGGGCUGGCGGGACUCCGAGCUGCUGCGGCAGUGCCGGAGCUCGGAGCAUGUGCUCUGGGGGCUGCCCUGCUCCUGGGUGCAGGUGCCCGCCCACGAGUGGGGCCACUCAGAGGAGCUGGCCAAGGUGGUGCGGGGACGCAUCCUGCAGGAGCAGGCCCGCCUCGUGUGGGUGGAGCGUGGCAGCACCAGAGGCGGCGGCAGCAGCAGCAGCAGCGAGGCCUGAGGGCCCCCCUGGAAUGCCUGCACCUUCCUCCCUCACUCCAGAAGCCACCAGCAGGGACCCUGGUAUCUGCAGUGGAGCAGUGUCCUCCCAUCCUGAGCCUUCCUCAACCCUGGGACUGUUGACGCGGGGCCCUCGGCUGUGGGCUCUCUCACCCACAGGAGCCCCUGGCCAGAGCUCCCUCCCACCCCUGGACUUGCUGCUCUGGGCCUUUCCCUGGCCCUGUGUCUCCACGGACCCGUCUCGUGGGUCUCAAACACACAUCUGUGUCCUGUCCCUCAUGGCGCUCCUCAGAGCAUCUGCGUUCUCAGUCCUGUGCGUUGGUUUGCACACCCAAGAUCCCACAGGGUGGACUCGAGUCUGCCCCUCCCCUCGGCUCACAAGGUCUCCUGGCUCCACAGCCUCUUAUUUUCUUUUUGGCCUCACUGUGUGGCAUGCAGGAUCUUUGUUCCCUGAUCAGGGACUGAACCUGUGCCCUGUGCAGUGGAAGCACAGAGUCUUGGUCGCUGGACCACUGGGGAGUCCUCCACAGCCUCUUCUGUUCACAGGAGCCCCUGAGCCUGUCGUGUGUGACACCCACCCGUCCAGCUGACAUUUCUUGUGUUUACCUCCACGGGGGCGUUGUGGCCUCCCCAAUCCACCGUCACCUGUGACCUGAGUGUCACAUGUGUGUCUAUGGUUCUCCCCUGUGUAAAUGUCAUGCCCCCACCCCCGUGACCCUUAGGCACUAACCCGCGUGUGUUCCUGGUGAGCACACUCGAGGACCAUGUUCUCACAGCACCUGCGCCCUUCCCUGUCCUGCCUCUCAGAGGGAUGGGUGGGGAGGGGGCCAGCUGCUCUGUUACCAGAAUGUACAGCUUGUGGGUUUUUAAUGGGCU